UAUUUUAACCUAAGCAUCCAGCUGACGUUUACUUAACAGCAAAUAAGUGCAGUUUGUAGAUUUGCUGUAAAAAUAGAAAUGCUUCAGGAACAGGAGUAGCUUCUUGUGCACACAGUUAAGCACCAAGGCAGAUGCGUUCAACUAAAUACUUAAUGUCCCUGAUUUAACACAAGAUGUAGGUUAUAUAGGGAGAUAUAUUUUUUACUAAGACAAAUUGUCCUUGUAGAUUUUUUUCCCUAUUUGACUCUCACUGUAUUUUAGAAGAUCAUCAAAGUACAUGUGAACAAUGUCAACUUCAGUCAGACUAUGAUUUUAUCACACAAUAGCUCCUUUAAAAAAAAAAAAAAUGAUAAUUUCAUAGUAGUCUGUAUACGCUCCAGACUGAAGGCAGCGACCUCCUUUUCCCCACUACCUCUGCAAGGGGUGGACGUGGGUCAGAGCCGAGGAAUCCCACCUAUUUUGUUAAAUAAACACGGACUUUUGCUGGCUCAGCUCCUUGGGCCAAUCAGUGGAAUUCAAUGGAUUGUGCGGUGUCGGCUCCUUUCCCAUAGUAUUUUCUCACAAGGUCAGACAGUAAAAACUUUAAUAGGAUACUGCUGGACACUUUGAAGUAGGCGUACUUAUGGAUAACAUGCAUUUGCUGAUAAAUAACCAACUUUAAAACAAGUUUAUAGACUCCAAGUUAAGGCAUUACGCAUUGUGGGGGUAUAAAGUCUUGGAUAGCGCUAAAUUAAGCCCACUUCCUGGGGUGUAUACAUCUGUCCGCAAGUAUUCGUCAGAUGAACCAGACGCUUUCAUUGCAUCGAGCACGGCUUUUUGCUGCCUGACUAGCUAUAGGCGAGUGGAAGUACAGUGUACGCAGUUAUGCAGACGGCCCUCCUAUUCGCUUGUUGUUGGUGACGCAUUGGAGUUUUGACGGAUAUGCACGCUCCCACUCGGUCGUCGCAAGCUCAGCAGCUGCAAUAGAGUGCCCGGGCUGGCACCAACUUUUCCUACUGUCACUCUGCAACUAUGACUUUUGCGUAAUCGCCCGCCAGGGAACGGGAUCCUAGCAGGAUCCUGGAAGCGAAGGAAAGGAGAGAAGUUGCCUACAGUGCUGGGGCGGGGAAAGACACAGCAGAGACAAUCAAGUGAUUUAAAGAUUUUUUUUUUCCUUUCUCAGAAUUACAAGUCGAGAGAAUCACCUGCGGUAAAUCAGCGGCGGACACCCCAAAGCAGGGAAUGGUCUCAAAGAUGAGCCUAAUGUCUGCCUUAGACACAAGUGCCUCUGUUUACCAACCGGCGCAACUUUUAAACUGGGUUUAUCUCUCUUUACAAGACCAACAAACCAGUGCCUUUGAUGCUUUCAGACCAGAAUCAAAUUCUUCCCAUCCGGACCUGAACUACAACAAGCAGCCGGCUACAGAUGUGAACUCCUCCGCGCUCAACUCCAACUAUCUCAACAACUUUUUGCAACUACAGAGGAUCGAGGGCCUGAAUAAUGGUGUGUAUAAGAACACGUCCCCCUACGGCUCCUUGAACAACAUUGUUGAGGGCCUGAGCUCACUGACGGACCACUUUUCUGACCUCUCCCUCUCGUCUGAGUCCCGCAAGCCCAGCAAGCGACCUCCACCCAACUACCUGUGCCACCUCUGUUUCAACAAGGGACACUACAUCAAAGACUGCCCGCAGGCUCGACCCAAAGGAGAGGGCCUGACGCCGUACCAGGGGAAGAAGCGAUGCUUCGGAGAGUACAAGUGCCCCAAGUGCAAGAGGAAGUGGAUGAGUGGCAACUCCUGGGCCAACAUGGGCCAAGAGUGCAUCAAGUGCCACAUCAAUGUUUACCCCCACAAGCAGCGUCCGUUAGAGAAGCCUGACGGUCUGGACGUGUCGGACCAGAGCAAGGAGCAUCCCCAGCACCUGUGUGAGAAGUGCAAGGUCCUGGGCUACUACUGCCGCAGGGUGCAGUGAUCCCCGCACGACCAACCUGUGUGAAAAGUGCAAGGUCCUGGGCUACUACUGCCGCAGGGUGCAGUGAUCCCCCCCCCUGCACGACCAACCUCUACCCCAACGCAACAGUGACCGUUUACUCACCUAAGUGCUCAAAGGGAUAAUGGUGAUUCAGUGUGAACACUUGUUAAUUCAGCUUUAAUGCAUCACGUUGACCUGUGUGCAGUGUGUGUGUGUGUGUGUGUGUGUGAUGUGAAUGACUGACCGUUUCUGCACAAAUGGUGGUAGCACUAACCCCCAAGACACACAAACAUACACCUACAAACCUACAAACAAACACACACACACACACACACACACACACAUA